GUCCAAACCAACCAAUUUCCCAUUAUUGGAAUCAAAAUACUAAUUUUUCGAUUUCUCAAGCCUUCGUAAAUUGUGAAGCCUGCGAAAACCAAUCACUCACCAACAACGUCGAUGGACCGGAAUCAGAACUUUCCGACCACCAUCACCGACUUGGAUGAAGAUUCUCUCGCUCACUGCGCUUCAUUCCUCAAGCGCCACGACAUCUUCAAUCUCGCCGGCACCUGCAAAUAUCUUCAACAAGUCGCAAAUUCCGACUCCAUUUGGCAACGCCUUUACAGGGAGCGAUGGCAGCAUCAAUUACCACCUCUUGCUUCUUCCUUAGCUUCAGGAGGAGCUAGGAAUGCCUACUUCGCUAGGCUUUCCACUUUGUAUCAGUGCAAGUUUGAAGAUCCUUCCGUUUCUAGUAUCUACACCCAAUCCCAGCCUUAUGGCCCCGCGCUUUUGGAUAGCGAUAAUUUAUUCGUUUCCCAGGGUUCCUCAAUUCACAUGGUGACUACCUCCAAAAAUAUUAGCAGAAAAUUUUCUCUUGCCACUCUGAGUGAUCACAAUGCGCGUAUAACUUGUAUGAGGUCCUUUCCCCUUCAUGAAACUUCAUUUCUUAGAAGUGAAGGGCAAAGAUCAGGAAAUUUUUUGGCAACCUCAAGUUCUGAUCACUCAAUUCGAUUGUGGUGGAAGGGUUCUUGUCAGAAAUGUUUUCGAGGUCAUAAUGGCCCAGUUUCAAUUCUGUCAGAUAAACUGUUAGGUGAUGGUAGCGGCAAAGCAUUGGCCAGUGGAGGAGAAGAUGGUACCGUUCGCAUUUGGUCUCUUAGUUCCAGUGGUAAGCGAGGCAAGAGGGCUUUAAAGGUUACACUACAUGGACAUGAAAAACCAAUUAAAUUAAUGUCAGUCGGGGGGCAUAAGACGUCUCUUUUGGUUAGCAUUGCAAGAGAUUCCAAGGUAAGAGUUUGGGAUGUUACAUCAACUAUCCGUUCGUCUUGUUGCGUUGGAUUAACUUCUCUUGCUGGUGCUCCUAUAAACCUUAAGUGCCAUGAAUCAUUGGUCUAUGUUGCUACGACUUCCUCCGUUAUUGCAAUUGAUUUAAGGACUAUGCAGAAAGUUCUAACUGCUGCAGCUUAUCAACCGUUUUUAUAUUCAUUCGACAUGAUUCCCUCAAAAUCCGUACUAUGCACAGGUGGUAGCGGCAGUGCAAAGCUUUGGGAUGUAAGAAGAAACCAGGAUGUUCUUAAACCUAAACCAUUAGCUGAAUUGGAUGGACAUAGUGGACCAGUGAACUUCCUGCACAUGGAUCCCUACAAAGUUGUUACGGGAUGUCCAGAUGAUGUUUAUGUACACGUCUGGGAGGUCAAUUCAGGCGCACCGGCGAAUUCUUUGAGUUGUUGGUUCGGUGACUAUAAAGAGGGCAGCACGACAUUAUCCUCAAUUGCUGCUGAUGGGUGUAGAAUUGUCACUGCCUCUUAUGAUGGUGAUAUUGGAAUUAUACGUUGUAUAGAUUAUACCAAUGCUCUUCGUCCGAUCAUUAAACACGACGAGGUUGUCUCAAAAUUUUGGGAUUCACACUGCUACAGUGAUAGCGAUGAUUCAGAUCUUUAAUACAUGUCAUCAGUGAGUUGCGAGGGUUUCGUUUUCUCUUAGUUCCUACCGUUAUUUAAAGCCGUAACUUCUCUUUACGUAGGUUUUAGAAGGAAUGAGUUUUUUUGUUGUUGUGGUGGUGGUGGUGGUUUGUGUGGAUUGUAGAUAGUAUAGUGGGAUAUACAACUAUUGAAGGAAUUAAAGUGAAUUUGAGAUGGCAGAUUCUUUCCC